AUCAGUCUAUCGAUAGUCGAAGCACACAUGGACACAGGCACACUCACACGUAACGCGAAUAUAUGGAAAAGUACUUUAUUUAUCUGGGACUUCGAACGUCCUCGUUUUCGCGAUCUAUCAUUUUGAUUUUAAUGACAAUCUCAACGCGACAACGUGCACAACCCCACACACAUUGAAUACAUUGAAUCCAUACACCCACAUACACAAAACACGCACACAACACAUCUACUUUAGCCUAUCGACGAGCCCACUGACAUCAACCAAUUGCGCCAAAGCAUCAUCAUGUCCGAGACGUCGAGGGCACGCACACGAACAGCAAUGGCAGCAGCGGCGGCCAGAAGCUGUGGACUGGCUCCCACUCCUGGCCAACAUACGAUGACAGAUCCCAGAUUUCGCAUACGACCCAUGCAGCAAGUGGUCUCCGCUUGCACUGGUGCCAUGAUAACCGCCUGCUUCAUGACGCCAUUGGAUGUGAUCAAAACACGUUUGCAGGCCCAACAGUCGGCGAUGUUAUCGAACAAAUGUUUCCUCUACUGCAACGGCCUUAUGGAUCACAUAUGCCCCUGUGGCCCAAAUACACCAACGCCAACAGCAGCAUCAGCAGCCGCCGCCGCCUCCUCCUCCCAGAAUGCAUUUAGCAAGCUUUCCGCUCCCGCCUCCUCUACAUCGCACUUUACUGGCACCAUUGACGCUUUCGUCAAAAUCAGUCGCUCUGAGGGCGUCGCAGCGCUGUGGUCCGGUCUCAGUCCAACACUCAUCUCGGCCCUGCCCUCAACGAUCAUCUACUUCGUGGCCUACGAACAGUUCAAGGCUCGCUUCACAGAUCUACACUACAAGUACCUGGCGCCGAUGCAAAGUCGCGACAUUCCGAUGCUUGUGCCAUUGCUGGCUGGAGUUUCCGCUCGCAUACUCGCUGUCACGUUCGUCAGUCCCAUUGAGAUGAUACGCACCAAGAUGCAGUCACAAAAGAUGACGCAUGCGGAGAUGUUUGGCUCAGUGCGUCAGGUUGUGCAGUCGCAGGGCGUAUUGGGCUUGUGGCGCGGCUUGCCUCCAACCAUUUUGAGGGAUGUGCCAUUCUCGGGCAUUUACUGGACGUGUUACGAGUACCUGAAAAGUAGAUUUAAUGUUGUGGAGCCAACGUUUGGCUUCAGUUUCGUAGCGGGCGCAAUUUCUGGCUCGGUUGCUGCAACAGUUACCACGCCAUUUGACGUGAUCAAAACGCACGAACAGAUCGAGUUUGGUGAGAAAGUCAUAUUUACAGAUAAUCCCGCCAAGAGUGUGCCCACGAAAUCCGUUGCAGAGCGUUUGUCAAACAUAUAUCGCUUGAAUGGGAUGCGAGGCGUUUUCUCUGGACUUGGACCGCGUCUAUUUAAGGUGGCACCGGCAUGUGCCAUUAUGAUUUCAACGUUCGAAUACAGCAAAUCGUUCUUUUACCAUUACAAUGUCGAUCAGCAUCAGCAAUCGAUGCUUUUGCUGGCAAACAGUAACAACUGCAACAACAACAACUGUACAAGUGCUAAGACGGACUUAGAGUAAGGAGUUAAAAGUACUGUGGGUAGAGAUAAAUAUAUAGAUAGAUAGAUGAGCGUGUAAAUAUGUAUAAAAUCAUACCAAAGUUAAGCACUAAAUCACUGAGUUACAAUAAUUUUCGUAGUUUCUUGAAAGCUUUUCAAUGCCUUUGUAAAAUUGAUUGAGUGAAAUAAAAUUCCUUUUUUUUUU